AAAUUCCCAUCUGUGAUACAAUUUGGAAUAAAUGCGUUUGAUGCCAACACCUUGAAAAAUAUCCCUCAAAAAACAAAAGAACAAGAGCCACCAGCUCCCGAACAAAGUAAAACAUGGGAACCUAAUUUUAAGGGUAUUAAUAAGUGAAAAUAAAUUGCUCUCUGGACUGGUUGAUGGUUUCGGUUGUCCCACUUGAAGAAAGCAGAAAUCUGUAUAUAUUUGCAGAUGAAUUACAUCUGGGAAUGGGCUGCCCUGCAAAUCGGAUACAUACAUAUGUAUAUGAGUUUAUAUAUCUUGUUCAUGAUUGUGGCAUCAGGACAAGGGUAAUUUCUGAGGAAACGCUCCUUUUUCAAACGGAGCUGUACUUUAUCCCAAGGAAUAUACAUCGUGACCCUGAGGAAAUCUCUUUGGAGUGUUCUGCCUCUAGGAAAUCAGUGUGGCUUACACCAGUUUCUACUGAGAAUGACCUAAAAUUGGAUCCUAGUCCUUUUAUUGCUGACUUUCAGGCAACACCAGAAGAGUUAGGAUUAUUAUCUUCUACCAAAUGGCUCUCAGCUAAAGGAGAAAUGGAAACUUGAAGGCGGCAUUAUGUAUUUGGGAGGAAAAGAGUUUUGUUUUUUCAUAGCAAAAAUAUAGUUGCUAUAUAUCUCUCCUUAAGUCUCUGGUUUCUAAAACCCUGCUUCAGUAAAGGUCCUGAUUAGUUGAUUAGUGAAUGUGUAUUUCUAAAUAUUUGUAUUCAAUAGGGGUAUGGCUUAUUAAUUUAAUGUUAACUAUUAGAUAAUUCAUAUUAUACAUUUAUUUAAGCUCUUUUCUGUUCUGUGUAGAAUAUUCAACAAUAUGUCUUCAAUGAUAAUGACUUGAUUUAAUUGAUAUAAACCUCCAAUAAAUAUGUUCUAAUAUUUUUCAGGAAGAAUAAAGAAUAGAGAUAGACAGAAAAAUGUGCAAGAGGGAAAACUUUGAGCCUAGUGUAAAAUUUGACAUAUUAACUAUCACAAAAGACAAAAUCCUUUAUGUGCAGAUAUUUUAAUUCAUGUAGACUUUCCUAUUAAUCACUAAAGUUGAAUCCUAAUCAUAAUGCAAUGUGACAACCUAUUUAGAUUAUUCCAGAAGUAAAUUCAAUUUAUUUUCUAGAGCUCAAGUAACCACCACCUUAGCUGAAAUUUGAUGUUAGGUUUUCCUUUCUCCUCAGUAUGGUCCUUCCACACUCAAAAUGAUUUGUUGAGUUGGUCAAGCAAAGAGUUAUCCUGCCACCUAAGGGAAUCCAUUAAAUAAUCAUUACCACCUACUUUAUACUCUCUUCUUUCCCUUAAACAGGGAGUCUAUAUAUGUAAUAUAUCAAAAAACACUUCUGAUUUUCAUAGAUUUCUUAUAUCGAGAGUGAGAAUUGAACUGUGCCAUUGGCUGUUCAAUCGCUUAUUGAAUCUACGUUUUGAUGUCACGUCCUCCUGGAAACAAAUUUUGCCAAGAUGCUCUGUAUUAUUAUUUUUAAUUAAAGUGGUACUAUUCCAUUUCCAAUAAAAUGCUGCCUAUAGCUGUUUACUUGUCAAAGAAUUUGACACUGUCAUAGUGGGCAUCUCUCUUUGGCAGUUAAUAUGCAGCUAAGAGGUAAUACUUCUAUGGGACUUCCUAAGUGUCAGAAUAGGGUACAAGUAUAUUGCAAUAAGUUAUUUAACCUUAAAGAGAAAACCGUAUCACUAUUAUCCCAGUUUUGCAGAUAAGCAAACAAACGCAGGUUAAAUCAUGUGCCUGAGUCUGACAACUUGUUGGUUUUUGUUGAAGAUUUAAAAUCAGGCAGUGUGCCUCUAGGUCUGUCUCUAUGCUUUCUCUUUGUACAUUAGCAACUAUACUCUACUGCUUGUGAUUAUCUUAAGUCGCUGAACUUUAGUGCUCUAGAAAACAAUUGUUAUUCAAGCAGUUACAUAAUUCUCAAUAAAACAACGUUUAGCAA